AAGGUCCAUAAGCAAGAAUACUCCCUCAUAUUUCAGGUUACACGUGAUUACCUUCCUAUUCCGGGAGCAGAGGUUAACGUUAAGCGAUUAUUUAAUAUUAUAAGAGAGAUAUUAGGGUUAAGACGUACUUUAAUAUCUAUAGAGACUUUGAGGGCAUUAGUCUUAUUAAAGGACUAUAUCCGUCGUGAAGUAGCUAGACAAGUUUAG